AUGGCUGCAUGCCCGAUCUGGACUAAAGGCACAUUGAAUAAAAUUGAAGCUUUUGAAGGAAGUAACC